AGGGCUUUAAACAUGGGGAACACAAGCAGUGAGCGAGCAGGCCUAGAGCGUCAUGGGCAUAAGGCAUCCCGAGCUGACAACUCAGGAGGAGCCAUCAGUACAAAAGAGGGUGAUAGGCCAAAAAUCUUGAUGGAUAGUCCUGAAGAUGCAGACCUGUUCCAGGAAAUGAAGGCACCGCUGGAUAAAGAAGAGUUCCUGGCCUGGCAGCAAGAUCUGGAAGUGAGUGAUAAAACCCCCACUCAGGCUCGACCGACAGUCUUCCGUUGGACUGGAGGAGGGAAAGAAGUUUAUUUAUCUGGGUCCUUCAACAACUGGAGUAAAAUUCCUCUGACAAGGAGUCACAAUAACUUUGUGGCAAUCCUGGACCUGCCAGAAGGAGAGCACCAGUACAAGUUCUUUGUGGAUGGACAGUGGACACAUGAUCCUUCAGAGCCAGUAGUAACCAGCCAGCUAGGUACUGUCAACAACAUCAUUCAGGUGAAGAAAACCGACUUUGAAGUAUUCGAUGCUUUGAUGGUGGACUCCCAAAAAUGUUCCGACAUGUCUGAGUUGUCAAGUUCACCCCCAGGACCAUACCACCAGGAACCCUAUGUCUGUAAGGCAGAGGAGCGCUUCAAAUCUCCACCCAUUCUUCCCCCCCACCUGCUACAGGUCAUCCUGAAUAAGGACACGGGCAUUUCUUGUGAUCCAGCUUUACUCCCUGAACCCAACCAUGUAAUGCUGAACCACCUCUACGCACUUUCUAUCAAGGACGGAGUGAUGGUGCUUAGUGCUACACAUCGUUACAAGAAGAAAUAUGUGACUACUUUGCUGUACAAGCCAAUAUGAACAUCAUGGUUGUUUGUGACCAGGUGUUCUGGGCCAGGGCGGUCUCAGAAAAAAAAAAAGAAAGUAUAUUUUCUUAACCAAAUGUACUCCUGCUCUGUGCUGUAGCAAACAAACUGAUUUCAUAUAGUUUCUGAGACUUCCAGGUUCUAUAUUUGCCUUAUUCUUAGUCCCAACUUGGAAGUUCUUGGAGGUG